GGCUCCGCAAAGACUCAGACAGAAGCAACAGAGGACCUGAGGGAAGCCAGCCGGGGAGGGGCCCUUUGUCAGGAAGGAAUAUUCUUACUAUCAGCACCGCCGGCUCUGGAAUAAACACGCGUUUUUGCUUUUGUCGCCCUGACGCGCAGCAUCACCACAGCCCGGCUUGGAUCGGCACGGACCGGAUCGGGGGACACGUCCUGUUUCUAUCUGGAAAACAAAGGGGGUGGAUGUUGUUUUUUUUUUGUAGCUCCUUUUGCACUGUUUGGCUUUCUGUCCCCCCCUCCCUUGAACCUCCAGCUCCUCCUGCAUCGGCAGCUCUGAUAGAUCCGCACUGACCAGUUGUCUUCGGAACAUCGGGUCCGGUGCCUCUCCCCAUCCUCCUCCUCCUUCCCUUCUCCUUUCUUACUCUCCCCCCCCCCCCACCCCGAUCACUCCUCUUCCUUACCCUCCUCGCUUUGCCUUUUUUUAUCCGAUCCCACAAACACAACAACGCGGCCGAAGUCGCCAAGAUGCCCAGUUCGCUCUUCGCCGACAGCAGCGUCCAAGGAGACGCACUGGACGACCAAAGAGCGCUGCAGAUCGCCCUGGAUCAACUCUCCUUGCUCGGCUUGGACAACGACGAGAACCCCCUGUACGACAACAACCAGGAGCCCCGGAAAAAGAGCGUCAACAUGACCGAGUGCGUCCCGGUUCCCAGCUCGGAGCAUGUGGCAGAGAUUGUGGGCAGACAAGGUUGCAAGAUCAAAGCGCUGCGAGCAAAGACCAACACCUACAUUAAGACCCCCGUCCGAGGCGAGGAGCCUGUUUUUGUGGUGACGGGCAGGAGGGAGGACGUGGCCAUGGCCAGGAGGGAGAUUAUCUCUGCAGCUGAGCACUUCUCCAUGAUCCGAGCCUCCAGGAACAAAAACACCAGUCUCAACGGCAGCGGCACCCCGGUCCCCGGACCCCCCAACCUGCCUGGACAGACCACUAUCCAGGUGCGGGUUCCUUACCGCGUGGUAGGCCUGGUUGUGGGCCCCAAGGGUGCCACCAUCAAGCGCAUCCAGCAGCAGACCCACACCUACAUCGUAACGCCCAGCCGAGACAAGGAGCCGGUGUUUGAGGUGACCGGGAUGCCGGAGAACGUGGACCGAGCCCGGGAGGAGAUCGAGGCGCACAUCGCCAUGAGGACGGGAGGCAUUAUCGAGCUCCAGGAUGAAAACGACUUCCACGCCAACGGGACCGACGUGGGUUUCGAUCUGCAUGGCCACGCCACCCUGUGGUCCAAGCCCGGCGCUGGGAUGACGCCCUCAUCUGUGCGGAAACCCUUUUCCAACUACCGGAACGACUCGUCCUCCUCUCUGGGCAGCGCCUCCACAGACUCCUACUUCGGCAACAAUGGCUCACGCAUGGCUGACUACAGUCCCCCCAGCCCUGCCCUCAGCUACACCACCACCAACAACAACGGCAACAACAAUAACAACAACGUCAACACCAAUGGCAACGGCUUUGUUUACGGAGGUGAGGUGAUCUCGCCCGACUGCACUGAUCUGACUUUUGACUCAUCGCCAGGGUUCGACCCCACGCCGGCGCCGCCAGGCCUUCUGUGGUCCCAGUACGAUAGUCGCAUGACCCCCUCAUCCACCGGAGGAAGCUCCCCCACCUCCACCUCAUCCAUGUUCCCCGCCGGCUCCUCCACCAACGCCAACGGCAUAGCGGCAAGCCAGAGGCGGGUCAGCAGCUGCACCCCCCAGCCCAGACUGUCGCCCCCUCUCCAUAGCCAUACCGGAGCUCCCGUCGAGCACCCGCUAGCCCGGAGGGUGCGCAGCGACCCAGGCGGAGGCCCGCUCAGUUUCCCUGGCUACUCCAGUACUAUCGCCUCCCUGCCAGGCCCCCACCUCCCAGGGGUCCCCUGUGACUCCUCGGCUUCGUCAUCCUCCUCUUCCUCCUCCUCCACCUCGUCCGGCACCAGCCGAAAGGGCAGCCGCGACUGCUCGGUGUGCUUCGAAAGCGAGGUGAUCGCCGCCCUGGUUCCCUGCGGGCACAACCUCUUCUGUAUGGAAUGUGCCAAUCGUAUCUGUGAGAGGAGCGAGCCCAGAUGCCCUGUCUGCCACACCGGCGUCACUCAGGCUAUACGUAUAUUUUCAUAAACAAGUGGAACUCUUUGACCGGCUCCAAUAGCAACAACUGACUCUUCAUUCUGCUUUAAUGAGAUCUGUUUGGAAAGUGUACAUAGAUAUACAUAUGUAUGUAAGAGGCUGCAGUAUCCAUGACAAGGGACAGACACCCUUCGUGGGCUCCGUCGUAGUUGUUAAUAAUAUACUGUAGCUUGGGGAAAUAUUUUCAACAUCUAAGUGCAUGUUUUAAAUAUUACAGCAUAGUAAUCAAUAGUUCUAGUAAACUGUACCCUAUAUUUAUGAAAUGAGAAGACACAGUGGGGUCGGGAGGAGCAACGUGGGUCAAACCCGUAGACUGUUGGCGGGACGAGCCUUUCAGAUCAGAUGUUGAGGGAGGGGGGUCGGUGGGGGCUCGCAGCCAAACAGGACUACGAAGAUACUGCAGCUCGAGUUCAGAAACCACGUAAGGGAGAGCAACAACAUAUCCUACAUAUAUAUGUAUAGAAUCAAUUUCCACAAGUUGAAAGUUUUAAAUGACAUUCAUACAGAUUGAAGUAUUUUAUUCUUUUUUGACUUGAAAGAUUAUAUUUCUUAUUGCAAAGAUGUUUACAGAUAUUUUAAUUUAAGUUCAGUGAACUUUUUGUAGCUGGGUUGAAAUAUUGUUUAUUUUGUAGUAUGGCCUUAUGGCAUUGAUCACUGUAUUAUUUUAAUAUCACAUGACUGUGGGAGGAAAUCCGAGUCCACAAAAUGUGUAUUGCGUUUGACAGUAUUCUGUUGGGAUGGAGUUUUUAUAGGUUCAGCAAAAAAACAAAAAAAAAAAAAGUCUUUUAAAUCUGCUUCACCCAGCAUAUUUUUUAUUCAGUAAUAUAAAGCAUAUUUUAUUCUAUAUUAUUACGAAACAUUGAAAUGUACAAAACUUAGUAAGUUGAACACAAAGAAACCGUUUAUGCUUUCUAAAAAUUUGUAUGAAUUAGAUUCCAGUGGGAAUUACAGGCUUCUGUUGCACCACUAUAGUUUUAGUAUUUCUAUUUUAAUACAUUUGUUUACCACUUGUUUAUGUAUAUGUAGGUGAAGUUACUUGAGCGUAAAUGUACUUUAUUGAGCAAAGUUUAAGAACAAAGUAUAUUUUAUUUUAUGAUAAAGGGCCUUUAACCUCAUGGUCAAAUACUAAUAUUAUAUUUGCUGAGACAAGAUUUGAAAAAUGUAUCAAGAGUUUUAUUUUUCUGACAUUUAAAGUUAUACAUGAUAAAAAGUAAAACUUAAGUAAUGGUGCUAAUUCAUGUUUUUUUAAGUAUUUCUAUAUAAGUCCAAUAAAAUGGUACAUUGAC